AUGCCUCUGGGUGCGCAAACUCAUGGUGCAACCAAUAUGACAGCACAGCUUGGUUCUUCUAUGACCAUGGAAAGUGACUUUUUUGACAUAGAUGUAUCCAGCCCACUGCAGAACCAUGAUGAUAUAUGCCAUGGACCAACUUUAGCGGAGUUAAAUAUGGAAGACUCGCAACCGAUUGUCGAUUCUUUUUACCAUCCAGAUUUACAGAAACAGAUUAGCAGCCCAAAGGUAUCUGUCUGUAAAGUGGCUUCAAAAGCUAGCUCGUCAGCUGUGUGCCUGAAACCAAACCUAGCAGAGUGUACCAAAUCUGUACCUGACAUUGUGAAUACAGACAGUGCAAUCUUUUUCGACCAAUGCAAGCCUGCUACAAAAAGUACAGAGAUUAAAGUAGAAAACAAGUUGCAGGAAAACAUGAUAGACGUUACAGUAAAAGCUGAGAGUAAAGGUAAUGAGGAACUACGUGGUCUUCUUUCAGGGGAGAAUCCAACAAAAACUGAAACUGACUACAGUAGCAUGUUUGUAUCAAAAUGGCACAAAAUGGAGAAAAGUGAGUCAUCACCAGUGCAUCACCAAGUUGCUGAUGAGAAUAUAGACAGAAAGUGGGAAGAAAUAAAAUGUUACAUUCAUACUGAUCAACAACAAAGACAACAGAUUAAACAAGAACAAGAACUGAGUGUCAAUGACAGAGGACAAGGCGGUGUUAGAAGCAAUAACGGCCAUGAUUACACAAGUACGGUGUUUAAGGACAAUAACAUAUAUUCACCAAAUAAAAAGCUUAGUCAGGAAGAGGAGGAGGAUGAUGAUGAUGACGAUGAGUCUAUUAAUUCAAAUGAUGAUGAGGGUUUAGACAGUGACCAUGACGAUGAAUACAGUGAUGAUUCAAUGGAGACUGAAUACUGUGAAGAAACACCUUUUGGCGUCUCUCUGAAGAAGGUGGGGAAAAGUCGGAGGAGUGACUGUGAUGAUCUGACACCCAACCCACGAAGACUGCUACAUAUUGGUAAUGAGUUACGAAAACUGAACAAGAUAAUUGGUGACUUGACUCCAGUUAGUGAACUCCCAGUGAAUGCAAGACAAAGAUCAAGAAAAGAGAAGAAUAAACUAGCCUCAAGAGCAUGUCGACUGAAAAAGAAGGCACAACACGAAGCUAACAAAGUGAAGCUCCAUGGUUUAGAUAACGAACUCAAGAAGCUACGACAAGUGAUUGCUGCUAUCAGGAAUGAUAUAGUGAAAUGUGUGCAGUUACCUAAUGAACCUACUGAAGGUACAUUGACUGAAAGACUGGAUGAGUUCAUCAGAAAUGGUUUAGAUCAAAUGGUUGCAAAGCAUACAUCAGAGUAUGUGAAUUCUGUGUUGGAAAAGACAGCUGGCGGUAGCAUCACUGGUGGACUUGCAGUCGCACUCAAGUAG